AUGGGCUGCAAUUUUUCUUCUCAAAGCAAAGUAUCCGAUAUUGGUAACGCUUCGGAUAAAACACCUCCAGCUCCAGAUGCCAAUGGAAAUGAUACGAAAGUGGAGCCAGUUGCACAAGGAGCUGGAGACGAAGCUGUUGAUAGAAAAGAAGCUACUCCAGUGCCUCCGCCAUCGAUAUCUCCUCAGGUUACGCUCCAAGUUCCCGAAAUUCGAGCAUCUCGCUCAGUGACUCCAGCUUCUCAGAAAUCUGAUGAUCAACCCUACAGCCAUAUUAGACUUCUUCUUCUAGGAUCAGCUGAAAGUGGAAAAACAACAGUUCUUGAACAAGUUCGUUUGCUCUAUAAACAACACUUCACUGAAUCCGAGUAUUUUCAUCGACGAGCUUUCAUCUACCAUAACAUUUUUAAAUGCAUCAAAGCACUAUGUCGUGCGAUGAAAAUUUCAGACAUACAGUUUUCAGAUCCGAUUAAUAUGGGUCGUGCUCAAUCAAUAAUUGCUGACGAGGAGAAUCACUAUGGAUUAUUUUCAAGAGAACUGGCCGACAAGAUAAAAUGUAUUUGGCAAGAUAAGUCUAUGCAGAAACUUUACGCUCGAAGGAGUCAAUUCAAUUUGAAUGAUUCUGCAAGCUACUUUCUGAACAACCUUGAUAAAAUAAAUACGACGGAUUAUAAGCCGUCUGAUAGAGAUCUCAUAAUGGCUUACGUGCCAACUUGUGGAGUUCAAAACGUCAUUUUCACUGCUAGCAAUCAAUCUUUUCAACUUUUCGAUAUUGGAGGUCAGAAGAUAGACCGAAGGAAAUGGGCACUACAGUAUGAGGGAAUCGACGCUAUCUUCUUCUGUUUAGCCAUCUCAGAAUACGAUCAAGUGAUGAGUGAAGACAUGGUUACGAAUCGUCUUGACGAUGCUCUCUCAUUACUCAAAACAAUAAGUGAGGAGCCAAUGUUUGCCACCACUCCGAUUUACUUAUUCCUCAAUGAGAUUGAUGUUUUUUGCGAGAAACUCGAUGUGAUUCCGCUGUCAAAAUAUAAACCGGAUUUCAAAGGUGGAGAUCAAGACGACGCUCUCGAUUUUAUGGAGUCUCUGGCGUGCGAGGCACUUGGAAAACGGGACCGAUCACUAUACCGUGUCUACCGAUGCAUUGCAAUAGAUACUCAAUUGAUGGCUGAAUUAUUAUCAACUGUAUUUAAAGAUAUCAUGAAAAGGAAAAGAUAA